GAAAAUACACUACAUUCUCUUCACGCAUGUGAUUGGUGGUCAUCGUCAUAGCUAUGAGUUAUGAUGUGUUAACUUGUUUGUGAAAUUGUUAUUCAAAUAAUUAAAAAUUACUGCAGUGUUCGAUGUGGCUGAGAAUCAUAAAAAUAAGCAAACUAAUUUUGAUGUAAAUUAAAGAAAGAAAUGUCUUUAAAGACCGCUCAUGAACUAUUACUUGUAAUAGUAGUGUGUUUAUUUAAUUUCUCAAAAAGUACCGAACUAACCUUUGAGUUGCCCGAUAGUGCUAAAGAAUGCUUUCAUCAAGAAGUACAAAAAAAUACAUCUGUUACUUUAGAAUAUCAGGUGAUAACUGGUGGCCAGUAUGACGUAGACGUUUCUUUAAAAGAUCCUAAAAAUAAUAUUAUAUAUAAUGUAGUUAAAAUGCAGUUUGAUUCUAAUACUUUUACUGCAGAACACACUGGAGUGUAUGUAGUGUGCUUUAGUAAUGAAUUUUCUACAUUUUCGCACAAGUUAAUUUAUUUUGACUUUCAAGUGGGAGAUGAGCAGCCUUUACCUGGUAUUGGUGAACAUGUCACUGUUAUGACACAGUUGGAAACAUCUGCUCAAGAAAUCCACAAAUCACUUAAUACAAUAAUUGAUUUUCAAACACAUCAUCGUUUGAGAGAAGCACAAGGGAGGAAGAGAGCAGAAGAUCUUAACGAACGAGUUUUAUGGUGGUCAGUUAUGGAGACUAUUGCAAUUGUAGUCAUUGGAAUUGGGCAGGUCUUAGUUUUGAAAAACUUUUUUACUGAUAAAAAGCCAUACACUUCACUGACCAACUACAAAUCGUAAAGACAAGAUGUUAGUGUUUUGUUUGACUCACAGUGCAAAUGAUUUAGUGAUUUAUAAUUAAAUAAGACUUUCAAAAAUGUUAAGAUGAUCCCAUUUGCGUACUCAGAAACUGUAGCUAUUAAAUAUGUUCAAGUGUAUAAUUAAAUUGAUUUAAAUAAAAAAACUGCUCAUAA